AAGUAGCAGGGGAAGACAUUGGGUGUAACACACCGAAUUACAUGUUCACCCUAAACAUGUCCGCUUGUGUGCCUUCCUCUUCUGAUAAAUGCCAGCAGCUUUUAUCUUCGAGAUAAACGACACUAUCAGCAAAGUAUGUUUUUAUCAAGUAAAUUAAGCUUAUUCAUCAAGUUGUUCCUUUGACUUUAGUUUGUUCUUACUAGACGAGCUGGACUGUGGACACUUGCAGGUUGUCCUCCAGGUGAGUCCUUGGCCGCCAUGUGGCUCCCUCUGGCUCUUCGACAGUCCCUUUGUCGGCGCGUGGCUUCUUCCGCACUCCCACCACCGACAUGCCUGAGGACCCUUCACUGCGACGCCAGAAGGCCGCUCCACUUCCUGUGGCGGAGGCUCCCGGCGCGCCUAGACGCUCACAGCCGUGGAGUCAAGAGCCGUAAGAGGCCGAGCCAGGAGGAGCAGUGGAAGACCAGGAACAAGACGGUGCUGACGUACGUGGCCGCCGCCGGCGUGGGCAUGGUUGGCCUGGCGUACGCCGCCGUGCCGCUCUACAGGCUCUACUGCCAGGCGACAGGACUGGGCGGCGUGGCGGUGGCAGGCCACAACACGGACCUGGUGGAGACGAUGGAGCCGGUGAAGGAGCGCGUCAUCAAAGUGGCCUUCAAUGCCGACACGCACGCCAGCAUCCAGUGGAACUUCCGGCCGCAGCAGGCGGAGAUCCUUGUGGUCCCGGGUGAGACGGCCCUGGCCUUCUACCGAGCUAAGAACCCCACGGACAAACCCAUCAUUGGCAUCUCCACCUACAACGUGGUGCCCUUCGAUGCAGGACAGUACUUCAACAAGAUCCAGUGUUUCUGCUUCGAAGAGCAGCGUCUGAACCCUCACGAGGAGGUGGACAUGCCCGUCUUCUUCUACAUCGACCCGGAGUUUGACGUGGACCCCAAGAUGGCGCGGGUGGACACCAUCACGCUGUCCUACACGUUCUUCGAGGCCAAGCAGGGUCACACGCUGCCUCUGCCCGGGUACAACAGCUACAACUGACACAACAUCACUACUUCCUGCAGGACUAUUUCUCGAAAUAAAAGGGAUCACAGUUAGAAGUUGAAGUACAGGAGCUACCAACUAAAUAUGUCAUCAAUUAUGGAAGAAGGACACUUUGAUGCUAAGAAGACUUUAUGACUCCAUUGUUGUGUGUCAGUGUCAACAAUCCCAGCUCAUCAUAUUGGCUGAGUGGAAUGCUUUCCUCAUUAAAUUAUGAUCAAUUAGCACUUUUUCAAUUUUGUAGUGUUUCUCACCUUCUUUAUCAAAGUGCUGGUUGUUACAGCUAGCAAAAUUUAAUGUGGCGCAAUUCUAGCAGCGCUUUUAUCCAUAAAUAUAUGUAGACAAGUCACGCCCCUUUUAGCCGCAUGCCUACGGCAAACCUGAGCUAGUAGGAGCUAACAGGGUGGUAGGACACAUAUGCGUUUAAUUUUUAAAUAAUUUACUAAAUUAUUCAUUAAUUGUUUAAUUUUAUGUCAGCGUUCCAUGGAUUUAUUUUAUCUGUAAAAGUCGGGCGUCAAAUUUAGUUUGGCAGGUCCUACCUAACACGUGAUUGGUUACACAGCACUUAAGUAAUUAAGAUAGUUAAAUACAUUUAUAUGUAUAAAUGUUGUCAUGAAAUAAUUAAUGGCACAUCCAUGUCUGUCUUUUUAAGUCCUAUUUUAUUUGAUGAAUGACGUAUUCAUUUUAUUCUGUCCCUUUGGGGGGGGGGGAAGAUGGGGGCUUUCUUUGUGUGAAAAGAGUUGCUUUUUUCUUUGGAAUGCCAGAUCAACUUGGGCUACGCAUUUGGAUGUGUUGUUCGAGGCUGGUCUCUAUUCUCAAAUAUUUGACAAUAAAUUACAAAAUACCUAUUCUGUGCUUGGUGGUACCUUUGAGUUCAGUUUAUGUGUCAUCUAAGGAACUUGGGACUGACCAGCGUUUUACAUCCCACUUGGAGGAACAUCUGGUCAAACGCCGUGGAAGAAUGUUGUUUGAGAUACCUUCCGAUUUUUUCUUUUGAUCCAAAUUGUUAAUUAGAGUGUUGAUUUGAUCGGUAAGGAAAAUAAGCACUUAUAAAGAAUGUCCUACUUCAGGGGUGUCAAACUCAUUUUAGAUGGGGGGCCACAUGGAGAAAAAUCUACUCCCAAGCGGGCCCGACUGGUAAAAUCACGGCACGAUAACUUAAAAAUAAAGACAACUUCAGAUUGUUUUCUUUGUUUUUCUGAAAAUGUACAAAUCAUAAUGUUGUUGUUUUUUUUUACGGUUAAUAGUAUUC